CGCAUUCCAUUUAAAGUCGCUUGCCCGCUCUACCAGUUUGCAGGCAUUUCGUAAAUCCGUUUGGAUGUAUGUAGGAGCGUCCGUUGCAUUUACAUUAGUCGAGUUCGUUCGCUCGGUGAAGGUUGUAGAGAUGUGUACGUGCCGUGAGUCAGGAAUUGCUUUCUUGUUGUAAGGAAUCAACGUGCGUGUGCGUCGGGACGGUCUCGCGCCACACCGAAAAUACCCAAACAAGUGGGAUCCAAGAGGAUCGAGCGGCGGCUACCUACGCGAGUGCGGGCGCCGCACGAAAAUCAAUAGUGUUUGUGGGUUGUGUGCACGUUCACGUGUUCGCUCAUGCCGUUUCGCCGUGCGUUUAGUAUUUGAUAUUUCGCGUGGCAAGUUUCGUCGACAGACAACCUAUGCAACUAAUGGAAAUGAGGCUGAGUAGUCAAGAUAGGAAGGACUUGGACAAAUUCACCAAGUUCUUGGCGUUCAAAUCCGCGCAAGUGAUUGUACAAUCCAGAUUGGGCGAGAAGAAAUCUACGAAAUGCAAUCCACAACAAUCCGGAGCAGAUUGGUUCAAUCUAGCCAUCGAAGAUCUUCCCGAAGUGCUAACAGAGACGAAGAAAGCGUUAAACGGCGAAGUGGUGACAAACUGCCUACCACUUUGCGUGGAGAUAUCCUUAAAGACUGUUGAAGGCGAUCAAAUGGUGCUGGAGUCCUGGUGCCUUGAUAUCCUACCGGAACAAUGUGACCCUGCUGUGCGGGUGACGCACACGGUGUACAAUCGCAUGGGCAUCUUGCUCAAAUCGCUCGUCUCAGUGACGCGCGUCACACCUGCGUAUAAAUUAUCGCGGAGACAGGGGCCCGACUCCUACGUCAUCUGUUAUCGCAUCUACAUGGACGAGCCGCAGAUGCACAACUUGGGCGAUGGAUAUAAGCAAGUGAGAGUGGGCCAGAUUUGCACGCCCAUCGGCACGAUUCAAUUGACCGUGUCGUACAGGACGAAAAUGACAAUAUCGCCCACGCAGUCUGGUCGCGAGGAUUCCAUCAUGCUGAAGAGCGAUCACUUUAACACCAACUGCAGUCCGCGGAAUAUGCGAUAUAAACAAAACGAAGAAAACAUUGCAUCCUUAGGUAACACAAGAAAAAUUGGUGCCUUUGCUGCCAACGGCAACAAGCAGAACUCAAAGCAGUAUCCGAUGCCUGACUUUAUCAUUCCUGAAAUUCCUUACACGAAACUCUUUGAAGAUCAGCUGAAACUGAAAGUGGACGAAGAAGAGAAAGAGUUGGAGAACAACGAGGAGCAGCCUGCGGAUAUCAACGACUCGACUACCACUAUCAAACCGGACGAGGACAAAAAUGGGAAUUCGACAGACUCGAUCGAUUCAUCACCACCCAGUCAGACGCGGAAUCGAUUUACGAUGAUGUCCACGCUCAAAGACGAUUUCAUUAUGGUAGAAUUGAAAACACCGUUCGCGAGUUCGACCGCAAACAGCGAGCUCGGCGAGAUCUAUCGUGAAUGGAAAGAGGCGCCGCCGCUUCAAACGUUCAAUGAUAUGCCGCCCCUCGUUGAUCAAGUCCCCGAUUUGACGCAGCAGCUCGAGAACUACGAGUCUGACAUGCGAACAUACGAAGACGUUCUACAAUCUCUGUGUCAGUCGCCUAACAAUAACUAGCUUGGGUAAACUAUAGGAUAGAUUUAUUUAUUUAUUACGUUUUCGCCGAUUUUGUUAUAUUAACAAAACACGAGAACACAGCAAUCAGACUGGCAAUUGAGUUAAAAAUGAUUUCGCCAUAUUUGCGUGCUUGUGAAGCAUUUCAUUCCGCGCGGUGAGCAACAAGACGCACGUAAUUAAGACGAUUUACUAAUUGCCGUUAUGAUUUGUGUUUUUAAUUCAUUUUGUGAUUUAGUGCGCAGGAGGUCGAAAUUGAACAUUACUGUUCUUGUAUAUAGCAAAGGUGGUUUAUAAAAAAAUUAAAUUGCUAAACAUGUUGAAUUUAUCUGCCAAAUUGAAUUGAUUGUUAAUGGUGUAAAGAAAGUCAAAAGACAUUAUAAUUGAAUACUUUAUCAAUUGUUAUAAAGUAGGAUGCGAAAUUUUAACAACCAAACCUAUGAGGCAAAAUAUCAUUUGCUUUUGUAUUGAAAUUAAGCUUACAAAGUGUUUGUGUCUGUUGUCUGUUACGAUGUACCCGCUAUGAAAACCUAACAACACAUACAAUGAAACAAACGCAAACUGUACCAAAGACUGAUAAGAGAUAACGUAGGAUUAACGGACUGUAAAUAAUAACAUAUAUACAAUAAAAUUACAAGCUCUGCAUACAAACAAGACGUGUAAACGAUUAUAAACUGAGCGGAAAACAUAUUAUUAUUAACAAUAAGCAUACAUGAAUCUUGCUGAACGUGUUAAUCACAAAAUUGUUAGGCGCACAGUUUUGCGCUGUGGAAACAACUGAGAUCUUUUUCACACAUUUGUUACUCAUGUUUAUAACAGUAAUGCAUUAAUGGCGUUACGCCCAAAGCAGGUGCUAGUGUUUUUACUUUGCAUACUAUCGAUUGAUCGAUAAUUACAAGUUACAACCGUUGGUAAUUAAUAAACAAGUCGAAUCAGAGCCAAGUUACAUUAUGCACACAUGUAAUGCUUCGUUGACAACAUGUCAACGAAACACAUGCUAUCCAGUUGCGCAAUUUUCUGAUUUACAAACGGAUUUCACAGUUUGUCCUCACUGUGCUCUGAAUACUCUGAAUUGAUGUGUGGUAAUAAUGUGAUAGGGAAGUAAGCAGGAGGCGCGUAGCAAAUUGCAUUUGCUAAGAUAAUCGAGCAACAAAGUGUACUAUGGUUCAACCAAUUGUAGAGACAGGCCUUGACUUUAAAAUAAACUCGGCGCCGCAAACAUAACGCAUUGUGAAUUCCUACGCCUUGCAACAUUUACUAUGCUCGAGUGCCAUUUCGCAAUAUUGUUUGUGCGUUAAACAACAACAUUAUAUAUAAAUUGCCAGCUUGCUGCAUUUUCCAGUCGUUGAUUAGCAAAAACAUUCAUCGCAAUCAAUCGGCACAACUAAUUUGCCUUUGAUCACUAGCGUAACAUUGUGUUUAAGAAAGAUAUGACGCGCUUUUGUCGCUGAUUGGAAUUAAAAUUGCAAAUGCAAUUGGACUGCAGCGGGGAAAUACUGAUUUAUUUGUUUACGUACAGCUCAUUGUUGUAAUUGCAAGCUGAUGAUGCAUCCCGUCUGCAUAAUGGGCUCAAAGCGCAUUCGCAUAAAUAUUUAAUUUUGCUUCUGAAUGCAAGUCACGUUCACAUAUCCACUGAUUUUAUUUCAACUACUUACCGUACUAUAAAUAUAGGUAUAUAGUUUGCCCCUACGAUGGCAGCACGUAAUUUGAGGAAUGUGUUAUUAUCCUUUCAUUCAUCAUCUCGACGUCAACGUCGGCGCAAACUGAAACUUUGGGUCUGAUUUGACUGGUAAAUUGCGGGUCACCAACCAGCUACCGCAAUCAUAACAGCGUAGAAUAAUUAUGCAAUAUCUGAGUUUGCAUCACUAUGAUAAUAUCGAACGCGCAAUGAAUGUACAUCUUAUACAAUCAGGAAAUCAUAAACCUACUCAAGUCGAUUAGGUAAACAAGACUUUCAUGAUUAUUUGUUCGACAGUAAUCAUUUACAUACAUCUACAUCUAUCUAUAAAUUACUUCUGGUUUACUUAUCUCUACGUUUAAGUAUUAUUGUUGUGAAAUUGAAAUUAAGAGAGUUUAUGAACGAAAUUCGGAUAUGAAUGCAACGAGUGCAUCAAAGAUUCAUAUCUUGAAAACAUAUUCAAAGUCCACGCCGUUAAUGACACCGGUGACGCUAUACAAACAGACCCAAUAAUCUUACAAUACUUUUUUGUAUCGUUUAUAUAUUGUACUUUAAUUUUUAUCGGUUAAUAUUAAACAUGCAUAAAAUGUAAAACAGAUUCAACAAAAGUUGCUCAAUACAAUAUAUUGCUUGCUAAUGCAUCAGAACAUACGAAUAAUGCGAUAAACUUAAAGUUUAUGCGAAUUUACCUAUAAAACAUUGAUUUUAUUGUUCAUAAAAAUUAUUUAUGUUUAUUUUUGUUAAACGAAAGAUAUUAAAAUGCGUUAUUUUUGGAUGAGAGACAUUUUGUGAUUUUAUUUAGGAGAAAAGGCAAUGCAUUAAAAACUGUAAACUACACUAAUGAACACAUGCACAUAUGCAAGUAAACAACAAUUUUUACAAAUCAGAAGUGGAAAUUAUCAUUUUAUUAAUCAACAUUAUGCGUAUUAUGUACCAACAUACUUCAUUACAUAAUUAUGCCUUAUUUAUUAUGUACUAUGUUAAUAAAUAUUAAUUAUCUAUAUAAUACAA